GCUGAGUGUCCGGGGCUGGACAGGGAAGAGUUAGGGCGUAACACCUGGUCCUUCCUGCACACCAUGGCAGCUUACUACCCAGACCGGCCCUCCAGACAGCAGACAGACAUGGGACAGUUCAUCAACCUCUUCUCUAAGGUCUUCCCCUGCGACGAGUGUGCUGAGGACCUGCGGACAAGGCUGAAGACCAAUCAGCCAGACGCCAGUAGUCGCCACGCCCUCUCCCAGUGGCUGUGUGGCGUCCAUAACGACGUCAACGCUCGGCUGGGGAAGCAGCCGUUUGACUGUUCCCUCGUGGAUGAGAGGUGGAGGGACGGUUGGAAAGAUGGCAGCUGUGACUGAUUCGUUACUGUUACCUGGGAACUGAGAGAUACAGGACACGUUUAUUCACAUCCUGUUCCCUGUAUAGUACCGUUUAGGGAACUAUCUGACACAGAGACUGGUUUCUAUUUUCUGAUUGGCUACGGAUCUACAUGAUGUUCGCUAUCAAUCUGUUGUCCAGUGCCUUCAGAAAGUAUUCAAACCCCUGGACUUAUUACACAUGUUGUUGUGUUACAGCCUGAACUCAACAUGGAUUACAUAUCCCAUAAUGACAUCACAAUACCUCCUAAUGACAUCACAAUACCCCCUAAUGACAUCACAAUACCCCAUAAUGACAUCACAAUACCCCAUAAUGACAUCACAAUACCCCCUAAUGACAUCACAAUACCCCAUAAUGACAUCACAAUACCCCAUAAUGACAUCACAAUACCCCAUAAUGACAUCACAAUACCCCAUAAUGACAUCACAAUACCCCAUAAUGACAUCAC